AUUACGUCAAAAUAAAAUCCGUUUGCCAGCUUUUAGGACACCAGCCAUGGAACCUAUCGCUCGUGGAAGCUGGACAUUGGAACAGUUAAAAAAUGCCAUGGACGCCGUUAAAGGAGGAGUGAUGUCUCAACGUAAAGCGGCCACGACAUAUGGUAUUCCUAGAAGAACUUUAGUAAAUCAUCUGAAAUCUGGAAAAAUAGAAAAACAAAUAGGGCGUCGCACAGUUUUGACCGCAGAACAAGAAAAUGACCUAGCAUGGAGAAUCAAAAGACUUGCAUCCAUAGGUUUUCCUUUGACACCAAAAAUCAUACGACAUCAAGCAUUUAUUUUUUGUGAAAAAAAUAACAUACCAAAUAAAUUUAACGAAUCUCUAAAACGAGCUGGAAAAGAUUGGUUAAAAUUAUUUUUAAAAAGGCACCCUGACAUUGCAAAACGUAAGGUCCAGAUUCUUAACCCAGCCAGGGCACAAAAAUUAAAUAAGCCAAUUGUAACAAAACAUUUUGAAGAAUAUAAAAAAGUAUAUGAACUACUAAAUAUCAGAGAAAAUCCACAGCGCUUGUUUAACAUGGACGAAAAAGGUUGCAGGCUAACUAUACACAAACAACCAACAGUUUUAGCUAAAAAAGGAUCAAAAAGAGUUCAUAUGGUUGCACCUGAACAUGCAGAAAACGUAACAGUGGCAGCUUGUGUGAACGCAUUGGGUAAUCCGAUUCCCCCAAUGAUAAUAUUUAAGGGAAAAAGACAGAAACCUGAAUUCAGUGACAAUUUACCUGCUGGAUCACUUGUAAAAAUGGCUCCCAAAGGAAGCAUGACUUCGUCAUUAUUUGUAGACUUUAUUCGUCAUCUAGGAAAAUAUAAACCCGAAGGUAAGUGUCUGUUAAUUUUUGAUGGUGCUUCCUGCCACCUCGACUAUGAUAUUGUUGAUGCAGCAGAUGAAGAGGAUAUUGUUUUAUACUGCUUACCUUCUAAUACGACACACGAACUUCAGCCGUUGGACAAAAGUGUAAACAAAUCAUUUGAACACUAUUGGGAUCAAGAGACUUGUGGCGGUUGCUCACACCGAGACCGCUGCCGCGCGUGA